CCAUUUUAUAGAACUGAAAAAGUUCGAUCGAUAAUAAAAGCCAAUGAUGGAGAGCGUGUUGAGCUAGCUGCUGAGCUUGUGCAAGGUUCUGAACCAUUGCAAAUACGUUGGGUUCGUAAUCGAGUGGUCAUCACGGAUUCUGAAUCUUUCCAAUACGUACGAAACGGUACAGAUGUUCGUCUAGUGAUUGCUGACGCUUUCCCUGAAGACGGCGGAGAAUACGCCGUGGAGGCGCGAAAUCAGUUUGGAACAGCGCGAUGUAUUAUGAGACUCGAUAUUCACAGUCAUGAACGAUCUCUUAUUGAAGAUCCUCCACGCAUCACUGAUGCACCAAGUAUUGUUAGAGUUGGGCCCGGUGAGAGCGCGGAACUCUCUGCCCGUGUCACUGGUCAUCCCGAUCCAGUUGUCGCAUGGGCAAAAGGAUCAGAAGCAAUUACUAACUGUCAAAAAUAUACUAUUACUAACGAUGGCGACCAUGUGAGCGACACAGUGCGCACAGAUGCCGGCAUGUCGGUACAGUCCCGUCUGGGGCAGCGUGUGGAAUUGCUGGCCCGUUUCAGCGGUCAGCCUCCACCUGUCUGCCGAUGGUUCAAAGGAGAUGUUGGACUGGAGGAUGGCGUCGGCGGUAACGAUCGUCGAUGCGCGACAGUCAACGUUGUCAUCUAUUUCGGAAGCGCACAUGUGGAAUAUACCUCUGCACUGUGCGCAACCCUUAUGGAGAAGAUCUCGCCAAUGCUAUGA